GGACGGGAUGUCUGACUCACUUCUGCUCUCUGCACGGCGGAGCUCGAGCUCUCACGCCAACUCCACCGUCAGUGACGUCUGCGUCACGUGUCCGUCUCUUCCCUCGGUACGUCCGUCGUAUUUUCCUCCCCUCCACUGCCUGCUUUAACACUGAGAGCCACUCGAAAUAAACAAGCGCAGAAAAAAAGGGGGGCCGUUGUAAGGACCGGUCUGGCUCCAGUGUCACGUUUAUCAGCAGCCGAUGGACAGAGGGGGGCUUACACCUAUAAGUUGCCAUCAGUAAAGCCCAAAAAACCUCCCGUCAGUCUCUGGCUCCACUGAGCCCCAUAUCACUUUAAACUUUUUUUUUAAAACCCUGCGCUGCAUACACUGAGCUCCGACAAAAAGCGAGGUUUUCCCUCAAAAUUGCAUUGAGAACCACAAGUGGACCUAUGGACACGUCCCGCUGUCCUCCUUCCCCCAUGCCUGGUCUAUAGUCAACCAGAAACGACCCACACUCUCACUCACACCCCAUUCUCAGCCAUUUGACCAGCCCUCCCCACCCUGUGGUCACAUCAUGGCCAGCAAAAGGAAGUCUACUACUCCUUGUAUGAUCCCCAGCAAGAUCAUACGCCCAGCAGAGGAGGUUGAACAGGACUCUCCUGUUCAACUCCGUCAAUCCAGGAUUUCUGGAGGGGGCAGACAUAGCCCCCUCGACCCAGGAGAGUCUUCCAAACCAGAGGCGGGGGACGCUGUCAAAGAUGGUGCUGGCACUUAUACCUGUAAGCCUUGUAACUUUGAAACCCAUGACCUUAAUUUGUUCCUGGAUCAUGUGUACUCCGGGCACCCGGACUUCCGUGCAGACCCCAGCUUCUUUUGCGUGAGCUGUGGGGUUUCAGCACCCAAGUUUGAGGGGCUGGCCCUGCAUAAUGCCAGGGUUCACCCGAGCACAUUGAACACGACUCUGCAGCUGAGGAAGAGGGACAGGAGAGUAGUGGUGGAGCAGAAUCUGGUGACUGGGUCAGAGACAGCUAAGGACAGUGAAAUUUCCAUCACCAAAACCCCAAUUAUGAGGAUGCUGAAGGGCAAAUCGGAGCCCAAACGGAUAGUGGUGUCUCAUUCAGUCUCUGACGAGUCUUCCUCAGACCCAGUGGCUAUAUCUGUCUCCAGAGAGACUGAGAGAAAAGAGACUGCUGCAGUGACAGUCACCCAUGUUCCCACAAUUGUCCACAAUGGAACGACAAAGGUCACUCUGCCUUCAGCAAUCCAGAUAGUCAAUGGCUCUGGAGCAUUACCAAUGUUGAAGACUCCCAUCACACAGGUGGUCUCAGUGGUUCAAAACAGAGGCCUUCAUCAAUCUGCACCAAUCACGGCCUCCUCAAAUAUUUCCUCCACUUCUUCGCAUUCUUCCUCCAAAAAUCUCCCCAAGGUGAUGAUUCCUUUGAGCAGCAUCCCUACCUACAGUGCCUCCAUGGACUCCUCUUCCUUCUUGAAGACCUCCUUCAGUAAGUUCCCGUACCCCACAAAGGCUGAGCUCUGCUACCUGACUGUGGUCACAAAGUUCCCCGAAGAGCAGAUCAAGAUCUGGUUCACAGCCCAGAGACUUAAACAAGGCAUCAGCUGGUCUCCGGAGGAGAUCGAGGAGGCCAGGAGGAAGAUGUUCAACACCAUCAUCCAGACUGCACCCUCCAGCUCACAGAACCAGACCCACAGUCACCGUAGCCCAGCCCAACAUACAAUCACAGUCUUGCCUGCCUCACUGGGGGCUACUGGGAUCCCUCACAUCCUGCAGGGCUCUCUUGUCAGUCAAGGAGGGGUAAUUGUCACACAGCCUGUAAUGGCAAACGGUAUCCAGGUUAGCAGUGCUCCUGUGGCCCUGGCUGUCACACCUAAGCCCCAGGCAGCAGCGCGCCCCAUGAUGCAGGCUCGACCUGCUGCAGCUUUGGUGGCAGACAAGGGCAUUAGCAUGGUGGUGGGGACAGUGGGCAGCAGCAGUACUGGGAGCAACAUCAUUAGCAGUAAUAGUAGUAGGAGUGGGGGAGGAGGCACAAGCAGUAUUAUUACAAGCAGUCAAGCUAGUGUCAUCAACCUUAGUCUAGGAAGCAGUAAUCAUAAUAAUACUAAGGGGAGCAGUGUCAAUGGUAAACACAGCAGCUCUAAUGCAGACUGCAAAGACAAAAGCAAUAGUAAUGUUACCAGCCACGUAAACGCUAAGAACACGGAUAUCAGCAAAGCCAACAACACCAGCAUUGUGCAGAGUGACAACAAAGUAACCACAGAAAGCAGAAACACCCCAGACAGCUCGAACAGCAGUAACAGCAAAACGGGCAGCGAUGGACAGAAGAGCAAAGAUACCAACGGUAGCAGCAACAAAAAUAACACAACCAGCACAAGCACAGACGAUGUCGACCCCACCCGAAGUGACUCUCCAACCUUCAAGAUGGAGGAGGCGUCUUCCCCUGCCUCAAAGUCUUCUUCCCCCACUCCUCAUGGCAGCACGCCUGGCUCUCGGACACCUGUGAACGCAUUCCUGGACCCCAGCUUUUACAAGGGCAAGAAGUCCCAAGAGCAGCUCAACGCUCUGAAGGACAGUUUUCUGGUCAGCCAGUUCCCCGACCAGGAGGAGGUGGACCGCCUCAUCGCCCUGACCGGGCUCACAGUACGAGAAGUCCGCAAGUGGUUCAGCGACCGGCGCUACCACUUUCGCAACCUCAAAGGUACACGCUCCAGCACAGGUGGACAGAGUAAGUCUGGCGCUGCAACGGGAGCAGGGAGCGGUUCGAGUACGCCAGGGAGCGGCACCACUGGCAGUGCCAACCCUAUUGAUCUGUCCGAAAGUAGCAGCAACUCUGGUGCAAAAACACCCCAGCACAGCUCUGCACCCCUGAGCCCAACUGCAUCACAGACUCCAACCUCUCCCACCACACCUUCCCGCCGACUCCCGAGACCUCCCUCUCCAGAUUUUACAGCUAUCCGCUACAAGGAGAGAGAACCUCAUCAGGUGAAAGCUCUCGAGGCCAGUUUCGCCCAGGACCCUGACCCAUCAGGAGAGGAAGUGGACAGACUGCGAUCUGAGACCAAGAUGACCAGAAGGGAGAUCCACGGCUGGUUCGCCGACAGGAGGAAGAGAGCGGCAGCGGAGAAGAAGAAAGAGGAGGCAGAGCGGGUGUUGAGAGAGGAGGAGGAGGAGAUGGAAGUUGAUGGGGAGGAGAGACAGAAAGAAGACAGCUCAGGAGAACUGAAAGUCAACCCUAUUAAAAUAAAUCUGAAGAUGCUGAAGGUAACAGAGGCCAAUGGCAGAGCAGAAGGUGAAGGGUUGAAUAGCCCCACGCAUCAUAGCAGCAGCACACCUGUAUCCUCCACAGGCCCCACCCCUAAACCAUCCAAAUCCUCCACCCCAACACCCAAACCAUCCCACUCCCCCAAACCCACUGCCAUACGAGGUAAGAAGACAGCAGAGCAGCUUCAGUUGCUCAAACAAGCCUACGCCCGUACCCAGUGGCCCAGCGCCACUCAGUACGAUGAACUGAUCUCAGCUACUGGACUUCCCAGACCUGAGGUAGUGCGCUGGUUUGGGGACAGCCGGUACGUGCAGAAGAACGGCCAGCUGAAGUGGCUGGAGGCCUACCAGAACGAGGCUCUGGAAGAGGACCUCCAGAAGGGGAACAAACAGAUCCUGCAGGACCACCUUGACAUCCACGGCAGGCUGGAGGAGUCGCAGUUGCAGGAACUGGCAGAGGCUAGUGGUUUAACAGCAGACUUGGUGCGACAUUGGUUCUCCACGAAGGCGUCUUUGCCCCAAAUGGAGCAAACUACUGCUGCUGCUGCUAUUGUUCACGCGGCAGGACCAAGACCAGUUGCACCAGGUGCAGCAGCUGAGCCACGAUCAACAGGAUCCUCCCCUCUGGAACCGCAGCCAGGAGGAGGGACGGAGGAGAAAAUGGAGCAGUCGGUGUGUGGUGUCACAACAGAAGCAGAGGAGGCCAACGCUGACGUGACUGUGAAUCCUACUAAAGGAACCGAUUGAAGAGGCCUUUUCUCUGAGGAUGGAGUUCACAACGCAGGUGGUCUUUGUGUUGGCAGUCUGAGGAAAAGACAGCAGAUGUGGUUGUAACAGGAUCACUGGAUGGAAAUGGACCUUGAAACAAUUCUCACCCAAACACCUCUCUCUCUCUCUCCCCCUCUCCUUCUUGCUCACACCCCUAGAGGUAGGCCUGACCUCCCCCACUACGUGAGAUGGACGCUAAAGCCACUAACACCCCCUCCACUCCCUUCCUCCCCAUCCAUAUCCACCCAGUCCCUCCUUCUCCCGUCGUGUCACCCCCUCCGCUACACAGACUUCUCCAGUAUCCUCCUGUUGGCCAUUUUCCCAUCAGAAGGAAGUUCCAGUAGAGCGGGAGGGGCAGGGCUGACCGCGUUUUUCUGCCGUGUUUGUUCCGCUUGCCUGCUGUGAUGGGAGAAAGGAGGAGGAAAAAAAAAAACAAAAAAAAGAUUUGGAGGAAGACAAGGAGGGGGAAAAAAGGGAGAAGUGUGGUCAAGAGUCAGACCUCAGCAGAUGUUGAUCAGGGGUUUGGACAGUUAUCUACCAAAACAACCCUUAGACGAGGAUCAGCGGAGUGUUGAGACUGUUCAUAGUUUGUUUUGGGGUACGAAAAACUGCACAGCUCUUUGCUACAGGGUGCUUGCCUAGGCCUUAAAGUAAAUCAAAUUUUUUUUAUUGUCAUCUUCAUACUCCCCUUACCAACUUGCACUCAUACACUUUGACUUCAUGCUUGCAGCUUACUUUAAAUGUGCUUGCAAGGUUGUUCAGAGUCUUAUGUGAAACACAGCACUGAUUUUUUUAUUUUUUUUUUGGAACGUCCCUUGAUUUUCAUUUCUUAUCUGUACAUAUUGUUUGGUUCAAUCAGACAAAAAAAUAGUUCAGUUCUAUCAUCCAAAGAAGGCAAGCACCCUGUUGUGUUUAAAGAAAAAAGCAACACAAUAUAGUAGACUGUAUGGAAUCUGGUUUGUGUUGUAGCAUCAAGUGCUUCUUUACGUCACUGACGUGUACGUACAUUUGUUUUUAUGGAACUUUCCUAUGAAAUAAAUUUGACUGUAAAAGAACUGUGAACUUUUACCAGAGUUCCAUACUUAGGCUUGAUGUAUAAUUUUUACAGAUGGUAUUUGCAGAAUAAACAAGAAUGUAAUAAA